AUGGAAGGCAAAACUAUGAUUUUAAGUGUGGUCAUAGUGACUCUCCUCAUGGCGCAAAUUCAAGUAGAAGCACGGGACCCAAUGGUCUGCUGCCCGACGAAGUCUGCCAGAGAUAUAUAUAAUACAUGUAGGAACACAGUAUCUCUUCUGACUUGUUGUUCUAAAAGUGGAUGCAUGGUACCUCCUUCUUGCCCUCCAGAUUAUCCUUAUGGCCUUCUAAGAAAAUCGGGUCAAGGUGAUGCUGUCAAUGAAUACUGCAAGUUGGGGUGUGCAUUCUCUGCGUGCGGUGCCUUGACCACUCUUCAGAACUCCGACGCAAGUGAAAUUGUCAGUGAUGCGGUUGAACAAUGCACCAAGGCGUGUUCUACUAUAUGCAACAAGGGCUCUCUUGCAGCAGCUGAAAGUGCCUAA